AUGGAGUCGCAUUCGCACUUGCGCGCUCCUGACUCCAGCAGCGUCGAGGCUCUUGACGGUCAGGUCCGAAGACGCGGUCGUUCGCUAUCUUCGAGUCUUCGCCGACUGUAUCAACACUUUUGUGCAACUCGUUCGGUCACGGUCAAGUCGGGCAAGGCUCGUCCACCUUCAUUUGCACCGCCUGUCCUCGCUUCCACUCCGUACGCCAACAGCAGCUACUCGACUGUAUCUGCCUCGCCAAGGAGCUGGUUCUCGACCUCAUCAACUCGGUCGAGCAGCUCGACAGGAUCCGCAUCGUCCUCAGCCUUGUCACUCGUCUUCCCGUUGGAUCCAGGAUUCGAGCUCGAACUUGGAAUCGCACUCGAGAUGGCGCCGCACGAACUUGGCUCCGCGUGGAGUCACGACUCGUACAAUGCGAUGCAGUAUCUGCGAGCUCGGACACCUUACCCACCCACCAUGACAGACACGGCCUUUGACUACCACGAACAGCACCCCGGCACGUCGAACAGCAACGAUCGGUGGCAGUCGGCUCUCGAGAUCGGCUGCGGGCCCGGGCAGAUGUCUAUCCAUCUCGCUACACGUUUCGGCAAAGUAUACGGUCAAGAUCCAUCGCCAAAUAUGCUCAAGCUGGCCAACACGGUGAAGCACAUGUCGGCGGAAGAGCUGGCCGAGGUGCGUCUGCCUCCAGUCAAAGAUCCGAAUCGAAUCGAGUUCCUUCAGGCUCGGGGAGAGGCACCAGUGCUACCUGAGGAGGAGAAGGUGGACCUGAUCAUGAUGGCGGCAUGCAUACACUGGAUGGACUGGGAGACGCGCGAGUCGACGCUGGCCAAUUGGACCAAAUGGGCGUCGUUGCUCAAGCCGGGUGGCACGCUGGUGGUGACGGGCGGUCGACCGGUGAUUGGUCCCUAUACUGGCGAAAAGGGCGACCAGAUCCGACCGCUUCGUGACUGGCUGCUCGACUUUCCCCUCAACUACCCGGACAUCGAUCGGUACUACGGCACUUCGAAGAUGGUCAAAGAUCUGCGCAGCGGUGGGCUAUAUCGCAAGCUGCCAAUGCCUUGGGAGCACAGCAAAGAGCUGGAGGCGCUUUGGGAUCGCCACUCGUACUGCUGGAUCCCCGUCGACGACUGCACGGUGUUGGGAGAGCAGGCGACCUCUUCACGCUUGUCAAAAGUGGACGAUCCUGAGCGAUUCGCUCAUAUGAUCAGCCAUCUGCCCGACUGGAUCCGACCGAGCGUACGUCGUGCUGCCAAGUGCGACGAUUCCGAGGGCGACCUGGUGGUCUCGAUGACCACACCGCGCAAGAUGGCGGACUGGGUGAGAUCCACUUCGGGCUAUCUCAAGUUCCUGCAGGACAAGCCGGAGCAGCGCAUGCUGAGCCUGCAGGAUCAAGACUUUGCUGCGGUGGAGCUGCAGAAGGUGUGCGACAAGAUUGGCAUCGAGUUUGAUGCUCCGAUCGAGUGCCACCAUUCGGGUGCUGUGCUGUGCAUUCGACGCACUGACAAGGAGUGUUGA